AUGAGUAUGCAUCCACCAUAUGAUCGUGAAUUACGUCAAUUAUUAAUUCAAUCAUGUGCUGAAACACCUAAUGUUGGAUAUAAAGAUAAAUCAACUGUUAUUGUUAUUGAAGGACCAAAUUUUUCAACUUAUGCUGAAAAUAAAGUUUUUAUUAGUUGGGGUUGUAGAAGAAUUAGAAUGAGAGAAAAA